CUCGCGAUACUACACGUAUUUCAUUCGAGAUAAACUGGAGGGAUUUCUGGUGUAUGCAGCAGUGUGUGCAGCUAACACGCUAGCAGAGCAAAGAUAACUUAUCUGCUAGUAACCUGCUCCUCUUGGUAAACACGUCAACACCAAGAGACUCUCAACAUGGAUUUAGAAGAUGACACCACCGUGUUAACAACCUUGAAGUCCUUCAAUUCCUUCAUAAGCUGCACUGAACCUCCAGCGCGGCUGACCGAGCACUCAGCGGGGACCGGAAACCUGCAGACUCAGUACAAACGCAGCAUGGAGUUGUUGGAAGCUGCAGAGAAGGUUCACUCUCAGAACCGCUACCUUCAGUUGGACCAGGAGAAGAAGCAGAUGGAGCUGAGUCACAAGCGAGCUCGAUUUGAACUGGAGAGGGCUGCUUCUGACAACGCAAGAGACUUAGAGCACGAGGUGGACAGAAACCAGGACCUCUUGGGAAGAAUAAAGAAGUUGGGGGAGAGAGAGACAGAAGCAGCUAAGAGCCUAUCAGAGCAGGUGGAGGUGAAUAGGUCUCUCCGUAAGAACCUGGACGGACUGAACAAGAAACUGGAGGAGAGAGAUACCAGACUGAACAGUGCUAACCAGACCAUCAGUGCUUUUAAGGAUGAGAUCAGAGAGCUGAAGCAGAGGAUUCAAAACCAAGACUUGACGAUUUCCUCUCAAACUCUGGAAAAUGAGGAACUGCAGGAACAGAUAGAUUUACAACGCAGAAAGUACCAGGAAGUCUCUCAGCUCUGCCAAAGUCUCCAAGCUGCCCAGUCCUCCUGCUCAGAGCACAUCAUCAAGAUUAAGGAGCUGGAGAGACGUCUGGCCCUCCAGGAUCAAGACAUGGCCAUUGUGAAGACUGUGAAGUCAGAGGUGGCCAAAGUGCCAGACCUGGAGAAGGAGCUGAAGCGCCUCCGAGAAGAUAACGCCUUCCUCAGGGAAAGCAGAGAGAAUUGCAGCCUGUUGAAAGAGGAGGUAGAGGGGCUGAGGAAGAAGCUGGAGAGGAUGGAGAAAACGAAGGAAGAGCUGGUCAACAUGGAGCUAGAGAAAGAGAGGCUGGCAGAGAAGCUCCAAGCCUGGGAGAACCUUGGACAAUCUACAGGACUCAACAUCAGGAAACCAGAGGAUCUGUCCAGGGAGGUGAUUCAGAUCCAGCAGAGAGAAAUUGCUCUGAAAGAGCAGAACUACACACUCAACAGCCGUGUGAGGAGUGUGGAGCGUUCGCAGUCGGAGCUGCGGGCAGAGCUGACCCAGCAGCGCGGCAAGACACUGGAGGAGCAGAAGAAGAGGGAGACGCAGGACUCGCUUGUUCGUCGACUACAGAAGAGAGUGCUGCUUUUAACCAAGGAGCGAGAUGGAAUGCGUUCCAUACUUGAGUCCUAUGACAGCGAGUUGGCACCGACCGAGUACUCGCCCCAGCUCAGCAAACGUCUCCGAGAGGCAGAGGACAUUCUGCAGAAGACACAGAGCCACAAUGCAGAGAUGGAGGCCCAGCUGACGAAAGCACAGGAGGAGACAGGGGCUCUGAAGCUGCAGUUGCAAGCAGUGGAGCUGGAGCUGGAGACUGCAAAGAAACAGCAGGCCUCUGCUGCUGACAGCAACUCUUCAGUGGCCAAGGAGGAGGUCGGCAUACUCAGACAAAAAAUUGAGGAUUUAGAGGCCGAGCGGCAGCGUUUGGAGGAGCAGAACAACAUCCUGGAGAUGAGACUGGAGAGACACAACCUACAGGGAGACUACGAUCCAGUCAAAACCCGAGUCCUCCACUUCAAAAUGAACCCUACAAGUGUUGCCAAACAACAGCGGCAGCAAGAAGUGGAAUCUCUCCGGGAGGAAGUGACGAGCCUCCGAGAACUGGUGCGCUCGUUGCAGGAAGGGGGCGCUCUGGCGCAUUCACAUGACGACUCCAGCAUGCAUGUCUCUGGCCUCGGCCUCAGUCUCAGUCUGCCGCCAUCCAAAGAGGUGCUGGAUCUACGUAAGCAGAUGGAGAGCUCCGAGCUCAGGAACCAGAGGCUGAAGGAAGUGUUUCAGAGGAAGAUUCAGGAGUUCCGCACAGUCUGCUAUCUCCUGACCGGCUAUCAGAUGGAUAUCACCACCGAGAACCAGUACAGACUGACCUCGAUCUACGCCGAACACAUGGAUGACUCCCUGCUCUUCAAAAAGAGCUCCAAUGGAAGCAUGCAGCUCAUGGAAACAGAGUUCUCCAGAACUCUGGGAGAGAUGGUGUCCCUUCAUCUGCAUCACCAGAAAAGCCUCCCUGCGUUCCUCUCUGCUGUGACCCUUGACCUCUUCAGCCGACAGACCACAAUCUGAAGUAAUCUGACACCAACUCAGACACAGGGCUGUGAAAUCUGACCUGGGAUUACUGUAUUUUUUUUUUAGAUGUCAUCCUUUUUCUUCUCUCUCUCUCUUUCUCUCUUUUUAUCCUUAUAUGACGUUCACACAGCAUGGGGAAUGUGCCGGUGUUUCCCAGACAUGAACGAUGUAGUCUGUGCUGUGCUGUGGAUAAAAAACACCUUGUUUCAUGUAAAUCUUCUGUUGUGCAUUCAGAAGGUUAAGACAGCAACUUAAAACCCUUAUUUGUACUCUGAAUAUUUCAUCAAUAAACUUUUAGAAAUACAUGUUUCCGAACAACAUAA